AGAAAGUUCCCCCCCAUCAGAUGUUUUCCCUCCCCUUCAAUAUUUAUGUAUCUAAAAUACCAGUUAUGUGCUGUCUUUCAAUAUCAAGCCCUCCCAAGGUGGUUUACAAAAGUUAACUAGCUUCAUAUACAUAGCAGGAACACAGGGCUUCCAGAUAAGAAUCAUCAGUCUACCUGCUCCCUGGACCCCCAAGUGAUAUUACUUUUACCCAUUCCUAUGAUCCACUUGCCCUGAGAAUUGAUACUUCUUUCAGGCAGGAGUCCUAGACUGUGGCAUGUCUGUAAAAAUACAGUUAAAAAAUCACACCUGCCCAGCUUUAUCCAACUUGCCUCUGAAUACCGAUUGCUGGAAACCGCAGGAGGGGAGAAUGCUCUUGUGCUCAGGUCCUGUGCUGCCAGGCAUCUGUUUGGCCACUGUGAGAACAGGAUGCCGCCAACAUGAUUUUCAUGGCUGUGCCUCAGAGGCAGACCAGUUCCAAUCUGCAUUUUGCUUGGGCAUGGACAAACCCUCAGACCAUUUGGUCCAUCUAGGUUAGUACUGCCUACAGAGUACUAGAGGCAGCUCUUCAGGGUUUCAGGCAAGCUUCUUCUCCCUUUGCUCUACCUGGAGAUGCCAGAGAUGAAACCUAGGACAUUCUACAUGCAAAAUGUCCUGUCAUCUUGGUAUGAGACAUGAGCAAGGUUGGCCUGAGACUUUUUGGCCUCUGGGGUGAACACAAAAUGGCACCUCCCCACCAGGGAAGAAAAGGUGAGUGAAGUUAUACCUCAAGAACAAGGUGGGAUUAAAGAUCUACAUCCAGAUCUGCUGCCCCUGUGGAUCCUGCCACUAGAGGCACUUGCCUCACCGUGCCUCAUGGCUGGGCCAGCCCUGGACAUGGGUAGGGGGACUUGUGGCCAUACAGAUGUCAUUGGACCCCAGCUCCCAUUACUGUAUUCCCAGGCAGCAUGACCAGCGGUCAGGUAUAACGGCAGUCUCAAUCCAGCAAUAGUGAGAAUUCCGCCUUGUUGUAAGGCAAUAUUACGCUCAGCAAUGCGUUUUCUCUUUCUCUGUCACCCACCGCCUGCCCCCGGGGAAUCUUACUAGGUGGAGAGACAGAGCAAGUCCCCUUUAAGGCCGAGAGUGACGUCAGCCGGACUCCGUCCGCAGUUUGCUGGGGCUGAUGCUGCCACCGGCCGGGAAAUUCUCUGGCUGCUUAGACUGAGUCAGCAGCGCGCGCGCACGCACAGAGGCUGUUGUUGGUCAGCUGAGCGCAUCUGCUGUGGAUCGCUGCACUUGCUAGUACACAAGCCUCUUCAACCCAGGUUGCUAACUUGCGAAAUAAGGAAGCAUACGGAUUUAAGGCAAGCCCAGGAGGCUGCAGGGGACUUAUCUGUGAAGGUUCAUUCGGAGUGAGGCGCUGCUGGUGUUGUUGCAGUUGCCUCUCCGCCUGAUUGGAAGUUGUUUCAGUCCGGUUCCUUCGCCAAUGGCUCCUGCUGGCGCCAUCAGACACCUGAGCCUGGCGCUGGGCGCAGCGGUGGCCGCCCUGGGCUCCCUCCUUUUCAUCGCCUGGAAGAUCUACUUCCGAGACGUCAACGACAGCUGCAUCGGCUGGAGGGGGCGCUGGGAGCAGCAGCUGGAAGCGGAGCUGGGGCGCAAUGCACCCGGAGGCGAGGAGCCACCUUCCUGUGAGUAUCAGAUUUUGGUCCUUGGUUUGGAUGGGGCUGGAAAAAGCAGCAUUAUCCACUAUAUCUGCAGCACAGAAGCCAAGAUGCACAUAGCACCCACUCAGGGCUUCAACUCAGCGCAACUACAGGCCAAUGGGCUCCAGAUGGACCUCCUGGAGGUUGGUGGCAGCCAGAAUCUACGUUCGUACUGGAACCACUACCUCAGCAAAGCCCAUGUCCUCGUGUUUGUAGUGGACUCUGCAGAUGGCCUGCGCCUCCACACUGCCCGACAGGAGCUCCAUGGCCUGCUAGCAGAGGACCCUCAGUUGCCUCUGAUAGUUCUCGCUAACAAACAGGACAAGAGUGAUGCACUGAGUGUGGCAGAAUUGCAUGAGGAGCUGGCACUGAACACCCUGAAACAUCAAAGAGAAUUCUUUCUCCUGCCCACAAGUGCUACUGAUGCUGGCCUGACCACCACAAACAGUGUUCUCCACCUGAAGAACCUGCUGCUCAAACUCCUGGCUCAGGUCUGAAGGUUCUUCAACAUCUCCAGGAUAUUCAAGCCACAUGGAGCCAACUCGU